AUGUCAAGCUCAGAUUCAGGCCAAGAAGCUGGGGGUAGUCGCAAACCUGCCGCGAAGAAGCGUAGGACGAAUCUUGCCUGCGAUAUGUGCAAGAAACGCAAGAUCCGUUGCGAUGGAAAGCACGACAGUGGCAAGUGCACGAACUGCAGAGAAUAUGGCUGGACGUGCACGUAUGACAACGCCGUGAAAAAAUACCCACCAGGCUACGUUAUGGCACUGCAGACCAAGGUCGAGAAGCUGGAAGCCUUACUACGCGAACUUCACCCUGACGAGGAUUUCACGGCACGAGUGGGCGUCACACUCACUCGCACGAAUUGGAUGCAGAAGGGCGUACUCGGCGAACCUGUUCCUAAGAAGCCUAGUCCUUUUGUCGGCGGGUCGAGCAAAGUAACCGUGGUAUCUCCGCCCCCUGCUGUUGCUCAGUCUCCAGGGGCUCCUGUCGCUUCUACUUCUUCCCCGCACCCUCUAUUAUCUGGCAACAGUGUCGCCUCGUCGACUGACUUUGUCAACGAUGAGGAAGACAUCGUAGUCAAACUCAACAAGCUUUCAGAGAAGCUGAAGCAGACGCACAUCGGCAACUUCUACGGCAGGUCAUCCAACAAGGCUCUCAUCAUGAACGCUCUCGCGUUAGACAAGGAACUCGGCUCCGUCCCUAACAUCCAAGAUGCACCAGGAGAGCUAAUCGAAAUCCUCAGACCCAAAUUCUGGGAGGAGCAACCGUGGGAGUAUAGACUCAAAGAGGCGACGGUACGGCCGUACAAAUUUCCCGAUCCGGACUUACUCGAGCAUUUGGUCGAUCUGUACUUCGUCAAUAUCCACAUAUCGCUACCCAUCCUGCACCAACCUACGUUCAGACUGAACUUGAAGAAACAACUGCAUUUGAGCUCUCGAGAGUUCGGCGCCGUAGUCCUGCUCGUUUGUGCCAACGCGGCUCGCUAUAGCGAUGACCCACGUGUGCUUCUCCCGGGGAGUGACAAUCAGCACUCUGCUGGCUAUGAGUGGUUCGUGCAAGUGCAGUUUGCCUUCACCAUCACUCCGAUGGCGGACGUCGAACUUCUGCAAACCUUUGCUCUCGGUGUGCCGUAUCUGAUGGGAAAGUCCGAGAUCACCGCUUGGAAUAUCUGCGGUGCGGCCAUUCGUCUGGCGCAGAACCUCGGCAUCCAUCGUAAGCCUGCGUACGACUCAGAGCCGACACUUAAGGAUGAGCUCUUCAAGCGAUCUUUCUGGACCCUGAUCUUCUUCGAUCGCUAUAUGAGCUCCAGCCUCGGGAGGGCGUGCGCAAUCGUAGACGAUGACCUUGACCUCGAUUUCCCCGUUGAUUGCGAUGAUGAAUACUGGACGCCCACCAAUGGAUCGCCGCCGUUUAAGCAGCCAGACGGCCUACCAUCCCAUACAUCAAUGUUCAUCUGGAGUCUGAAGCUGUCCCAAAUCUUGGGCUCUGCUCUGCGUACGCUGCACGCCAGCAACAAGACAAAGGCACACCAUGGCUUCGCAGGACCGGAGUGGGAGCACCGUGCCAUUGCCUUCUACGACUCGGCGCUCAAUCAGUGGCUGGAAUCCCUCCCUGAGUACCUACGUUGGGACACGAGUCGCACAGUCGACGAUCCCGUGCUCUAUCAGCAGGCGGCGGCCAUAACAGCGCGCUUCUACGAGAUGCAAAUCAUUAUCCACCGCCCGUUCAUCGCGUCCGAGCAAGAGAGCGAACUCCCAUCCCUGGCAGUGUGUUCAAACGCCGCUCGUUCAUGCGCACGCGUGCUACAGACACUCAAUCAGCACUUCCCUGGACGUGCGCCACAGCUGUACACCUGCGCGUUCACAUCCGGAGCGGUGCUCCUGUUCAACAUUGGCAGUGCCAGACGCAUACGGGCGCCGAUAAAUCCGGAAGACUUCGUAGCCGUGCAGACUUGUAUGGGCUAUCUGAAAAGCCUAGAAGACCGAUAUCAGUCUGCAGGUCGGGUGUGGGAUGCCCUCAACAUGAUAGUCUCUUUGGGUCGCGCGCCUCUGACAGAACAGUACCUGCGCGGUCAAAAACGCCAAAGAGACAUGGAACAAGAAAUCUCGGGCCAAGAUCCCACACCCUCCACCAAUCAUGACUUGUGGACCCAGAUGACUGGUUCGGUCUCGACAGCUGCCACACAUGCUGGUAACUGGGAAGAAAAUGGGUUAUUGUCGCUGGCAGACGCGGCCACGAUAGGGUCUUUCGCGCAGGACACGGAUAUGUCAUGGCUCAGUCAGCUAAAUCAAUCCGGUCUAUCCGAGGGAUUCGAUCUAUCUGGCUUGCUGGGAUCUACUCCCAUGCAGGGUAGACAGCAGGGAGACAACGUCGAAAGCUCUUGGCCUUUCGGCCUAGAGAGCGACCUGCUGGGAGGCGGCAUGAAUCCAUCACAUAUAGUAGGCGACCCGUUUGCUGAGGCUGAUAUAUCCAUGUUUGCACCCGCUUUCACGUCCGCCCAUGACCACGCCGGUGAUGAUACGCCCGGUGCCUCACGAUGUUGA